AUGGGUGUCGAGAAGUUUCCCGCCAGGCUGCAUGACUUACCCACAUUCACCUACUCCAAAGCAAUUCCCAACGCCAUAGACCGUCAUACGCGCCACGGUAAGCCCAAUUCUACGUUCCACAAAGCGACCGCCAUUUAUGAGGGCAAGAAGAUCUUCCCCCGCCGCAUCACCCAGAACCUGAUCGACCUGGCGCGCUGA